CACUGACAACUGUUCCAACGGCCCUCCUCGCCCUUGUCACCGUCCAAGAACAGACUGAGGAUGUCAUCUCUGGAGCGGCCCCUCCGAGUGACCCCCCUGAGAACACUGAGCAUAAGAAAGAAAAGGAAAAAAUAAACCCCCUCGUUCCAGACUUUGCGGACUUUUAAUGGUGGAAGCCAACGUAAGUGCUCCGCCUCCUUGGCCAUGACGACAUCAGAAGGCGUCCGAAGGCGUCAGAGAUGCUGGACUCGCUGUUGGCCUUCGGUGGCUUGGUGCUUCUUCGAGAUUCCGUGGAGUGCGAGGGGCGUAGUCUCCUAAAGGCUCUUAUCAAGAAAUCUGCACUUCGUGGGGAGCAGAUCCACGUUCUGGGCUGUGAAGUGAGUGAAGAAGAGUUUCGCGAAGGUUUUGGCUCUGAUGUCAACAACCGCCUGGUUUACCAUGACCUCUUUAAAGACCCUCUUAACUGGUUAAAACCUGGUGAAGCUGUCCCUGAAGGACCUCUAGGAACCUUGAGAGCUUUGUGCCGAAGGACAGAUCCUGGCCCUGUCACCAUUGCUCUCGACUCUCUCAGCUGGCUGUUGUUUCGUCUUCCCUGUGUUACGCUCUGUAAAACCCUACAUGCUCUGAGCCAGCCAAAUGUCUCCCCAGGUGCUAACUCCCUAGUAGAACAGGUACGUGUCCUGGGCUUGCUACAUGAAGAGCUUCAUGGCCCCGGCCCCAUGGGAGCACUGAACACCCUUGCUCACACAGAGGUGACUGUGAGUGGUAAAAUGGGCCAGACUGCAGCCUCCAUCCUCUAUCGAAGGCCCCAACAACGUGCAACUUACCAGACUUGGUGGUUCUCCGUUCUUCCUGACUUCAGCCUGGAUCUUCAUGAAAAGCUUCCCCUCUAUUCUGAGCUACACCCAGAUCCUCAUACAAUCCAGGUGGAUCCCACGACUGACUUGACCUUUAACCUUCACUUAUCCGAGAAAGAAAGAGAAGCCAGAGACAGUCUCACUCUACCCUUCCAGUUCAGCUCUGAAAAACAACAGGCUCUGCUGCGCCGUGGACCAGGCCAGACAACUAGCCACAUCUUCUAUGAACCAGAUGCUUUUGAUGACGUGGACCAAGAAGACCCAGAUGAUGAUCUAGACAUUUGACUGGACAGAUGGGACAGGAAGACUAUGCCUCAGAACUUUACCUGGUCCCUACCCUCCCUUUGUUGCUUUGUGUAUGGAGGCCCUGUUCUGUGAACCGAGGAGUAACAUCUAACUGGGGCAGAAAGUGUUGUGAAAGCAUAAUAUAUAGCCAGAGAAUAAGGAACUUCCCUCUUCCCAUGCCUAUUUCUAAUAAAAUAGAUACACAUGAA